AUGCGGGUGUUGUGAACACAUGAACAUGUCGAAAUGUCACUAAUACGGUUGUGCUCGUUUCCCAAAUUACUGUCCGCUAGAUUCAUGUUAGAAAGAAGUGUUCGAUUCGGAUUAAAUACAGAGCAGUGUGAGCGCUGUGGCAGGCUGAGGAAUCACUACAUAACAGCAGGAGCAGAUAAUCCAUGGUCAACGCUACAUCGGAGGUACUACUCUGCUGUCCCAAAAAAGGAUGACGGAAAAAGGCGUUCAUGUGAACAGUCUCAGCUGUUGGAUGUUCUUGAGGCUCGGAUCCAGCAGUUACAGUCUGACACGGUGUUGGUAAAACGUUCAAAGGUUGAAUUUGUUAAAGUGCCACAUGGAGAAAAGAAACCGACUCCUGCAAAGACUCAGAAAACAGAACCGCCGAGAGCAGCUCAGUCCAGUAAAAAAGGAGCCACUGCUGAUAAUCCGUCCUCCAAAACCCACACGAGUCGCUGGAUCGAGAAACUCAAGCUCGAGAAAUGGAACAAAACUAAGAAGCAGCAGAAGCUCCAGGACAAAAUGGGCACUACCAAAAACAGUAAGGGAAGUCUGAUGCUUCCCGCCACAUCUGUGAAAACCAUCUCAACAUCGAAAAAGAACAAACCAACCAAACAAGACCCUGCCAAGUUUACCAAGUCUACUAUAAGUCAGAACAAAAACAUAAAGCAAAAGCUCUCUGAAGCUUCCACAUCUGCAGAUACUAAAGUUCCAGAAGAACUUACUAGAGAAUCAGAGCUGGCUGAAGUGGAAGAACUUGAAAUUAAUAAUUAUUGGAACCCUGCAAGUUCAGAGAAGCUUUUGGAAGAUAAAGAAGGAAACCGGUACAGUGAUGCUCAGCUGAGCGUUCGCUGUUUUCUGGAGGCUUGUGUGUUCACGGGGGAUGUGGAGCGAGCUCAGCGCUGCCUGAUGUACCACCACCGACACCUGAACAAACGCAAAGCGCUCUCCAUCAGUACCUACAACAUCAUGAUGCGCAUGUGGUCCAAAAAGGGAUCUGUGAAUCAUGUCAGUCGAUUAUUCAUUCUGCUGGAGGAAGCAGGGCUGAAGCCCAACCUGGCAUCUUACUGCGCCGCUCUGGAGUCUAUGGGGCGAAACCCCGAGUCCUCUACACGCACUAUUAACAGGUGUCUGCAGCAGAUGACCGAGGACGGACUGUGUGUGGAUGAUUUGUUUAAGCAGCACGUCUUCAGACAGGACGAGAGAGACAUGGUGCUGAGGGCCAUUCGUACCGUACAUCUUGAUUAUGAACCGCACACGCCCACAGAGCGCCCAUUCUGCUCCCUACCACUGGUGAACGACUUCUACACCAAGAGAGAAGAAACUACAUUUCCCAAGCUAAACUUUAGCCUGGCUGAGCUACAAGAGCGCUUCAAGAAUCAGCUGGCAGUGGAGCAGGCCAACACUGUCACCAUCAACUCUGUGGAGGCCAUCAAACCCGUCACUCAACACAUGGCCAAGAUGCGGGCGCUGUUGGUGGAGCAGCGUUCUCAAUGGCACCAAACCCUCCUGCAGGCUUUCAGAGAGAGCAGACUGGUAUUAGGUGGCAACAAUCAGAGAAACUGGAGGACGAACAUAUAUCCAUUCCUCUGCAUCCUAUGUGAUGAGGAUUAUGUCAACGUCAUGCUACAGGGUUUGGCCAACUUACCUCCCAGUGGAGAGUCUCUGCUCAUCAUGGCUAAGGAGCUGGGUACCAGAAUCCAUAACAUGUACUGCAUCAAGCAGAAAAGCCACAGCCAGUUAGUGGAGAAACUGGGCAACAUCUACAAUUCAUACGUGCAAUUGCUCACUAAAGAGACACAGGGCAGUAACGUGUUGCCGCGAGAAUACUGGAGCACCCUGGAAGAGGAGCAGAGUGCCGGACCCUCCCUCCUCACCGAUGACACGCCCUGGCCACACAUGCUGGUCAUUCAGCUGGGCAGCUUCCUGGUGGACCUGUUGGUACGAGAGCUCAAAAUCAACAGCGACAUCCUGAACCCAGCGCAGGAGAGGAAGCUCAUCCCUGUUCUGUAUCACAUGUACACGUUCCGCAGCAAUCGACAGAUCGGCUUUAUUAAGCCGCACCCAAUCCUGACUCAAAUCCAGUCUGAGGCCAUGGAGACCAAGCUGACUUUCGACUCAUAUGUGAUGCCUAUGCUGUGCCCACCAGUGCCCUGGACAUCUGCCAAAAACGGAGCCUAUCUGCUGACGCCUACCAAGCUGAUGCGCACCAUCGAGGGUGCCAUCCAGCACCAGCUGUUACUGGAAAAGUGCCAGCAAGAGGAGCUGCAUGCUGUACUGGACUCCCUCACCCAGCUAGGCAACUGUGCCUGGUCGAUCAACAAGCCCCUGCUGGACAUCAUCAUUUCAAUUUUUAACAAUAAGGGCAGCGAUAAGCUAGACAUCCCUCCACCGGUAUCUGAGGCACCCGAGAUCCCGCGCUUCAACCCUCACGACCCGUCCUACACCCCUGCUGAGAAGGCCCACCUGAAGCGUGAGGCCAUUAGGGCUAAGAAGAAGUUGGCCGAGAUGCACAGCCUGCGCAUGGACGCGCUCUACAAGCUGUCUAUCGCCAACAACAUGAGGGACGAGGUCUUCUGGUUCCCUCACAACAUGGACUUCAGAGGGCGCACCUACCCCUGCCCGCCGUACUUCAACCAUCUCGGAAGCGACGUAACCCGAGCCAUAUUGCUGUUUGCUGAGGGGAAGCCACUGGGUCCGAAAGGUUUGGAUUGGUUGAAGAUCCACCUGGUAAACCUCACAGGUCUUAAAAAACGCAGUUCUCUGGAGGGAAGGCUGGAGUAUGCCAACACCAUUAUGGAGGACAUCCUGGAUUCAGCCGACAAUCCUUUAACAGGCAGGAAGUGGUGGAUGAAUGCUGAUGAGCCCUGGCAGACUCUGGCCUGCUGUAUGGAGAUAACCAAUGCCUCCAGAUUACCCGACCCAACCCAGUUCAUCUCCCAUUUCCCAGUACAUCAGGAUGGUUCCUGUAACGGCCUUCAGCACUACGCUGCUUUGGGCCGUGAUGUUAUUGGGGCUACAUCGGUGAACUUAAUGCCGUGUGAAUUACCACAGGACGUCUACAGUAGUGUUGCACAGCAGGUGGAGGAGUUUCGGGUAAGAGAUGCUGCUAAGGGCAUGAAGAUCGCUCAAGUGCUGGAGGGCUUCAUCAGCAGGAAGGUGGUGAAGCAAACUGUGAUGACUGUGGUCUAUGGAGUGACCCGCUAUGGAGGCCGGCUGCAGAUCGAGAAGCGCCUCAAAGAGAUCGAUGAUUUUCCUAAGGAGUACCUAUGGGAUGCCUCUCACUACCUGGUGCAUCAGGUCUUCAGCAGCUUAAAAGAAAUGUUUACUGGUACCAGAGAGAUCCAGGACUGGCUAACGGAAAGUGCUCGGCUAAUUGCUAAGUCCGGCAGCACAGUAGAGUGGGUGACCCCUCUGGGACUGCCUAUCGUCCAGCCCUACCACCGCACCAAGAACCAUGUGCUGAAGAGCAACAUUCAGUUCCUGAGUCUUCAAAUCAGCCACGAUGCCCAGGAGAGACCAGACACAGUAAAGCAGAAAAAUGCAUUUCCUCCCAACUUCAUUCACUCGCUGGAUUCAACUCAUAUGAUGCUCACUGCUCUCAACUGUUACAGUGCCGGUCUGACAUUCGUAUCAGUGCACGACUGUUACUGGACACACGCUUUGACAGUGGACACGAUGAAUAAGGUGUGCCGGGAGCAGUUCGUAGCUCUACACAGUGAACCCAUCCUGCACGACCUUUCCAAGUUCCUGCUGAAUAAAUACUGUUCAGGACCACCGGGCGACUCCAGGAAUAAGAAGUUUCUGGAGUACUGGAAGAUGAUGCAGCUGCUGGGAAAAGUUCCAGAAACAAGUGACUUUGAUCUGCAAAGAGUGAAGGAAUCCACAUAUUUCUUCAGCUGAUGUGAAUAAUGAACACCUGAGGUUGUACUGCAGUGUAGAUGCACUCUUUGUUGUGCACAGAAACUGGCAUAUAUGCCCUGGUCCUGCAGACUGGCGGCUGGUGUUGCUACUGCAGCCCUUACAGCGUCUCCACAAGGUGCUGGUGACACAGUGAGGUGCUGUCAGCUUCUAAAGGAGACUCAGCAGGGUUCUGAUCACACAGCAGGCUGAUUAAAUACAGACCAGAUACUCGUCGAUAUUCUACACCCGAUGGUCUUCUCUACCAUGUGCUUUCUUCAUUACCCAGUAUCCUUCACUGCCUGCUGCUUCCACACUCAGACAGAAGAACAGGAAAAAUCUGGAUAAAGUUUGGCUAUCACUAGUGCUAUGAUCAGAAUAAAAUGAUGUAAUAGGACGUAUUAGGCACUUAAUAUGAUGACAUUUUGCAAAACAUCUAUGUUUCUGUUUUGGAGUUGUGUAAUAUAGAAUCAGAAUGUAUAAAUGUUGAUAAA